CAUAUCCAUAACAAGUUUAAUAAAAAUGAAUGUGAAAGAAGUUUAUGAUGAAAAAGUUUAUAAAUUAAUUUCAUGGGUGCAAAAACAGUUUCUAUCAGGCGAACCUGUGACUGGUGAUUUUUUUGAGGAUUUGUUGAAAGACAUAACUUGGGACAAUCAGCAGCUUUUAUUAAAUUCAACAGUAUCACACCCAUUAGUCAAGAAAUAUCCUAUUAAAAAAGACUAUCAACGAAAUUUUAUACGAACUAUCAUAUCUACACUCGAGAAACAAAAUAUUGAAGUACACGAUGAUUUAUAUACCAAUUUCUGUAUUAAAUACAGAUCUCAAAACUGUGAUAAAAAGUCUUAUAAACACUACAUAGUAGAUAAAGGAGGUUUAAAAACUAUUAUUACUAUUAAGGAAUCAAUAAGCUUUGUAUCAGAAGGGACAACAGGCCUUUGCAGUUGGGAGGCUUCACAAGCUUUGGCUGAAUAUUUUAUAGAAAAUUCAAAUUUAGUAAAGAAUCAAACGAUUCUUGAACUUGGAGCUGGCACAGGUUUAACAGCAAUAUUUUUAUGGACAAUCUGCGAGCCAAAAAAAUACUAUGUUUCAGAUUGCCAUAAAUCAGUGCUUGAUCUAUUAAGUGAUAAUAUUGCACUGAAUUUUAGUGAUCAGCGUAAUAAAUUUUUGGAAUUUACAAAUUUUACUAAUAUUGCUCUUUUAGGUGUAGUAAAUUUAUCUUGGGAAGACACAGAUUAUUUGGAAGAAUUUUUAGAUAUAGAUUUAAUUCUUGCUGCUGAUGUAGUUUAUGAUCCAAGUAUCAUUCCAUGCUUGUGCAACUGCCUUAAAUUAUUAUUGAUGAAAAAUGGAAAAAAUAAUUGUAUUGCAUAUAUUGCAUGCACAGUUAGAAAUCAAGAUACAAUUUCGAAUUUUGUCAACAAAAUAGAAAAUUUACAACUCGAAAUUUCAAAAAUGACCAGAUUUGCAUUUCCACAGAGUGGCACAAAAUAUAAAACACCUGUGGAUAUUUAUAAAAUAUGCUUGAAGAGAUGA